UGAGAUUGCUCCUUUGUACCCAAUUGCAGUUUGUGGUGUUUUACGUCUCACCGUCACCGAGACUCCCUUUCACUUCUCUCCUUUCCUCUACUGCGGCCUUUAUUUCUCUAUACGAAUUCCAUUCCAUUUUCUCUUUUUUUUUUUCCUCUCCUGAUUCCAACACACCAUUGCCGGAAACUGUUAGUUCCCAUGUGAGUCUCCAGUGAGUCCAGUACGUGUGUGAUCGCAGACUCCAUCCGUGCUUCCGCAGUUGUAAUCCCCCAUGGCUUUACCGGAAGGAUUUGGCAUCUACGCGUUCGUUUUGGUGAGGAUUCUGAAUAAAGGAAUUUUCUAUUAGUUCUUUCGGAGAAGCUUUUGUUUUAGUAUUCACUUACCAGUUAUUUUGGAGUUCAAAAACAACGGCUUUAUUUCUAGUAUUCAGUAUUACAAGAAAUGAAAGGAGGUUUCUGUUUUAUCCAUUGCCCGUUAGAGAGGAUUUGAAGCAGCGCUAGCUGCCGACGUCCAGUAAUGGACACUUACUCCUCCGGAGAAGACUUGGUUAUUAAGACAAGAAAACCUUAUACAAUUACCAAGCAACGUGAACGAUGGACAGAGGAGGAGCAUAAUAGAUUCCUAGAAGCCUUGAAGCUCUAUGGACGAGCUUGGCAGCGCAUAGAAGAACAUAUAGGAACAAAGACUGCUGUGCAGAUCAGGAGUCAUGCGCAGAAAUUCUUUUCAAAGUUAGAGAAGGAGGCUGUUGCUAAAGGUGUUCCAAUAGGACAAGCACUUGACAUAGACAUUCCACCUCCACGUCCUAAGAGGAAACCACGCAAUCCUUAUCCUCGAAAGACUGGUGUGGGUCCUACGCCUUCUCAGGUGGCAGUGAAGGAUAGAAAUCCUUUGAAUUCAGUUUCUUUUACCCAUUGUAAACAAGCAUUGGACCUGGAGAAAGAACCACUUCCUGAGAAACCCAUUGGAGAUGAGAAGCAUGCAAAUGGAAAAGAAAACGAGGACGACAGUUGCUCAGAAGUCUUUACCCUUCUCCAAGAAAGUCACUGUCCAGCGAACAAGAAUUCUGUAUCCACACCAGAGGCACUAAAAAAAACAUGCUCUUUUAGGGAGUUCAUACCUUCACUGAAGGAGGUAGUAAAUCAAGAUGCAACUAAUGAAUCCUAUAUCACCAUUGAACGUCAUGGAAAUCAGAAGCUAGAUAAGCCUGAUGCCAAACAGACAGUUGAAGAUAAUGGCACUAAUAAAGCUGCAAAGUUGGAAUCCUGCCCUUUUCAUGAAAAAUUAGUUCAGGGAAAGACUUCAAAUGAAUUUAACAAUGCAUUGCCAACAGAUGAGAUGGAAGCUGUGCAGAAUUAUCCAAGGCAUGUCCCUGUGCAUGUUCUAGAUGGGAGCUUGGGAACAUGCAUGCAAACUGCUCCCUCGGAUGUGUCUUUCCAGGACUCCAUAUUUCAACCAACAGGAGAAGUUCAUGGGCAUCCCAAUCUGUACUCAUAUCCAGCUGCAUCCACUAUUACUGAACAUCAAAGUAAUGCGCCAAGAUCUUCUACUCAUCAAUCAUUUCAUACUUAUCCUUCCUUUACACCAACUCACCAUAAUCAAGAUGACUAUAGAUCAUUUCUCCAUGCAUCCUCCACAUUUUCGAGUCUCAUUGUAUCUACACUGCUACAAAACCAGGCAGCCCAUGCUGCAGCAAGCUUUGCAGCUACCUUCUGGCCCUAUGCUAAUGUGGAAAGUUCUGCAGAUUCUCCACCAUGUGCUGAAGGAGGUUUUCCAUCAAGGCAAAUGAAUUCAGCUCCCAGUAUGGAAGCUAUUGCUGCUGCUACUGUGGCAGCAGCAACUGCAUGGUGGGCAGCCCAUGGAUUACUCCCCUUCUGUGCUCCUCUUCAUGCUGCCUUUAGCUGCCCUCCUGCUGCAACUGCAGUUCCACCAGUGGAUGCUGGCCAAGUUCCUGCAGCCAAGACAGAAAGAAAGGAAACUACACCUGAAAAUCCUCAUUUGCAAGAUCAGCAGUUGGAUAUAGAACACUCUGAAGCUUUGCAAGCUCAGAAUUCAGCCUCUAAAUCACCAACAUUGUCAUUGUCUGACUCUGACGAGAGUGGAGGUCCAAAGCAAAAUACUGUAUCAAAAGCUACUGACCAUGAGAUGGCUGCAACAGCACCUGAGAUUCAUGAUUCAAGCAAAAUGAAAAACAGAAAACAGGUUGACCGUUCUUCAUGUGGUUCAAACACAUCUUCUAGUAGUGAAGUAGAGACAGAUGCACCAGAGAAGCUUGAGAAAGAAAAGGAAGAGUCAAAAGAAGUUGAUACAAAUCAUCUAGCUACUGAGUCUAGUAGUCGUCGCAGUAGAAGUAGCAGCAACAUGAGUGAUUCAUGGAAGGAGGUAUCUGAAGAGGGGCGGCUGGCUUUUCAAGCUCUCUUCUCCAGGGAGGUAUUGCCACAAAGCUUCUCUCCACCACAUGAUCUGAAGGGUGAGGCACACCAGAAGGAUAAUGUUGAAGACAAGCAAAACACAGAUGAGAAAGAUGGAAAUGCAUCACUUUUGAAUCUUACCAGCAAGAUAAGGGGAUCCUGUACUAGCCAUCAUGAAGUGGAGAAAAAUGCAUUGCCUAGAUGUGAGUACAGUGGAGAGGAUGGGCUGCUGACUAUCGGGCUUGGACAUGGAAAGCUAAAGGCUCGUCGAACAGGAUUUAAACCCUACAAAAGAUGUUCAGUGGAGGCCAAGGAAAACAGGGUUGUCGCCAUCGGCAGCCAAUAUGAGGAGAAAGGCUCCAAGAGGAUACGUAUUGAUGGGGAAGCUUCAAUUUGAUAUUGCAUGCUUAAACAAAGAAAUCUUUGUUUCUGCAUGUAAUUUAUUAUUUCCCCCCUUUAUCUAAAUUAGAAUACCUGCAGAUCACGAAGACUUUUUCGUGCAAAGUGUGUACCAUAUGUAUCUACAUUUGCUCAUUUACUUUCUUGAACCAUGCAACUGCAGCUAAAAAACUCCGUGGAAUAGACUUAGAUAAGAAACCAUCAACUAUUGAAUAGGCCCUGAUAUGGCCCCUUUCAUCCAAA